ACCCCCUGCUCCAGCAUGGACCUUGGAGUGACCCAUCGUCAACGCCACAACCCUGUUGACAGCAUCUGUCGUAAGCUGCAGACCAUCCAGCGGCACGACCGUGAGGUUAACCCCUCCUCGCCCUUCCAGAUCCCAAAAUUCACUUCCAGCAGUUACGACAGCCCCCAGUCCGGCUUGCACCGCAACCUGGAAGUUAUCAUGAAGAAGCGCGAGAGGGAGGGGCUGUUAACCCCCAAGGGUUCACCCCAGCUUCCCAGGAGCUCCCACUGUCCCAACUCCACCCCUAUCAACCCCACCAUGAACCCCCCAACCCCAGUCAAUUCUACUUUCACAAUCACCAGUAAUCCCGGGGAGUGGAGGGGGGUAGGGGUGGGGUUAGGAGGGCAGAGGAUCUGCUCCAUCCCAGCUGUCCAGACUGGAGACACGGUUUUUAGCUUCUCUCACGGUCCCCAGUUUACUCAGCCUGAGGAAGGGACAGGGUCUGCCGGCAGUGAGAGGCACAGGACCCCAUCUCUGUCCCAAACUCACACACCUGCACACAGCCUGCUGUCCUAUAACCUCUGCUCUUCGGACGCCACUGCCAACCUGCUGCAGAGUGAGCUGCCUUACCCAGCCCUGGUUGUCAAGAGACUAUCCAUGGGAGAUGGAGCCAUGUCCCCUGAGAACCAAAAGGAGAUGAUUGCUGAGGUCAGUCUGAUCUGCGAAGAGGAUUUACUAGACACCAUUUUCCACGCUUGUGACACCCAGCGCAGAGGUAAGGUGUACGUGUCUUGUAUCGUGGACUACCUGCGCCACACCACCAGCCGUGAUUCUGAGGACAGUGGGCUGGAGGACCUGUGUAAUAUGCUGGACCCGGAGCACAAAGACGUCUCCAUAGACCUGGACACCUACCACGCCAUCAUGAAGGAGUGGAUAGAUGACUGCAGAAAGAAUGAGGACGACACACCAGAGGUCCUGACUCAAGAGUCUGUCAGACUCCGAGACAACCUGUCAGCUAAGAGGUCUGUCCUGCUGAACAUGACCUCAGGCAGUCUGGAGGCAUUCGGAGGGGAGUUGUCACGAGCAGAUCUUGAGACGUCAGACCUGGUGUUCUGUGUGUCCGACCUGCAGUUCAGUAACCAGAAGCUUCAGCAGGAGGUGAGGAAGCUGAAGCAGAGCGUGGAGACCAUGGAGGACCAUAACCAGAAACUAGCAGAGGAGAACGAGGAGCUCAAGUCACAGGCCAGACUAGGCCAGCAGCUGGCCCAGAAGGAGAAGAUGUUGAAGGAUGAGGUGGAGGAGAUGAAGAUGAGUCUGAGCUGUACAGAGGAGGGCAGAGCCAGGGCCUCGGCUCAGAGCAAACAUAUGGAGAGAGAGAACCAGAGUCUGAUUGCAAAGAUAAGCUGUCUUCAGGAUGAGAACAUCAAGGUCACCAUGGAGAUGGAUGACCUCCAGAAGAGGAUGAUUGAACUGUGUGACCUAAACGCUGAGCUGCAGGUCCAAAACCAUUCCUUCGAUGCGGUCGUGAGUGAAAAGGAAGCCCUCAUACUCCAGAAGUGCAGACAGAUUGAGGAGCUGAAGGGUGCCGUGGUGGAGUACUCGUCGGUCACAGAGCUGUUGAGAGCAGACAAGACCAAGCUGGAGAGACAGAUGCACAUGAUGCAGCCAGACUUGGCAGUUGCAGGUCUCUCCCUGUCGGUGGCGUACAGGUUGAACCAGAGCACUUCAGGAUCCCUGCAGACAGAACUGGCCCUUGCUCAAACACCUCCGGAGGGUGCGGAGUGUGUGUCGCCGCUGAGCUUUGCAUCUGCGCUAGAUGAGACUCUGGACAGGGAGGUGUUACUGCUCCUGCAGGGCCCCACACCUGACCAGAUGUCCCUGGAGUUCAAGAGCCUCGUCAACAAACUGAAGAGAGAUUUUAAGGACGAGGGCCUCUCCGUCUUGUCAACACUCAGAGGACUCAUACACCACUAUGGAGGACCAGGGGCUAGUAACGACCCCAGACUGCAGGCGGUGCAGUCUGAGCUGGAUCAGAGGAGGUCGGAGUGGGGCCUCAGCCUGGAGCAGUUGGACCAGUACACCGACUCCCUGGAGAAAGAACUGAUCAAGAUGGCCAGCAACAUAAGGAGGUCCCGCACUGAGAUACUACACCUGUCAGUCAGGGUUCAGGAGCAGGAGAAUCAGAAGCAGCAGCUGCGUGAAGAGUUGGACCAGCUAAAUACCCCGGGGGACAGCAGGGAGGCCAGCUGCCAGACCCCCGACGAGGACCCACAGGCUGGGGAGGACCUGGACUGGGACGAGGAGUUUGUCCUCCAAGACUUCCUGAAGAACGAGGGGGUGGAGACGUACAGGGACUUCAAGAGUCAGGAGACGGGCCCGACGGACGGGAGGACGGACGAGGACAGACUGACGGAGAGAGGGGAUCAGCCUGGAGAGGGGGAGGAGGAGGUGGGGGAGAGGUGGACCGUGGUGGGGGGAGAGGGACAGGAGGGGGGACUGAGGGGGAUCUCCCUUCUCUCUCCUCUCUCGGAAAAAAGUGAACCCGACCAGGCGGAGGGAGAGGAUCUGAGAGCCACAGUGUCAACAGACAGUGACCAGUGGGUGAACAGUCUAUCCCCACAGGGUGCCAAACUACCAGAAUGCUUUGGGCCUGAGGACACCCACCAGCAGGCUGUUGACACCGAGGAGCAUCCACUCCCUCCCUCCCACUCUUCUUUAUUGGGUAGACCAACUCUGUCUCCAUCACGCCCGCUCUUCCUCCCCUCUGAUCAGUCUUUCUCUCUCUGCUCCAUGCAAUCCCUGACUCACUCUAGCCUGCAACGACAGCAAAUGAGUUUCUCUUCAGGCAUUCAGUUGGAUGGCCCUCUCCAAUGCCAUUUCACUUAUGACUCCUACUCACCCUUUUGUCCAGAUACAAUGAGCCCUGACACCAUAGUGCCUCUUCUUCAAGACACACCUCAGCCUGGCUCACCAGAACAUGACAGGACUGUCACUGCUGGGAACAGUCCACCCCCCAGGCUGGCUGAGAUGGUAUCUCCCAGCUGCACUUACCCUGUGAUGGAUGAGACCAUUUUACUGACUGGAAGCCCCCAGCAGACAGAUGGCAGUGAAAGAGGAAAAGGAGGAGAGGACAACAUCACCUCAACCAAUAUGAGUGACGCGCAGAAGCUAACCCAGGACAAGCUGGCUGAGAGAGUGUUAGCAGAGGACAGCACCAGCCUGUUACCAGUACUAGAGGAGGAGGAGGGCAUACAGGAGUCAGUGGUGCAGGUGCCGACAGUGGAGGUGGACUUGGCAGGGACAGUCAAUCUGGCAGAGGACGUAGGCUCUCAGACCAUGGAUGGACUGAAUGUUGCACCCACUGACCCAUCACAGGGUCCAAGGGAUGCUACGACGCCUGACCCCUCAGGAGCCAAAAUUGACUCCCUGGUUCUCAGGAGCAAGUUCAAGAAGGAACUGGAGCUGUCUCACAGUAUGGAUGUCAUCGAGGAAGGAAAGGUACAAGAGGACCUGAGUGAAACCAGUGUUACCACAGAGAAGGACAUCGAAACCUCUGUUUCUGAGGACUCAACCGUAGGUGACAGAAGCAGCCUGUCCCCUAACGACAAGGAGAUUGAGACGGAGUUCCAGCGCCUGUCCCUGGGCUUUAAGUGUGACCUGUUCACCCUGGAGAAGAGGCUGAGGCUGGAGGAGCGGUCACGGGACCUGGCCGAGGAGAACGUCCGGAGGGAGGUGUCCAGUUGCCAGGGACUACUACAGGCCCUGGCCCCUCUGUGUGAGGAUGAUAACCAGUCUAUGGAGAUCAUCCAGAGACUUCAGAAGAACCUGGACAUCCUCAUCCAGUCCAUGACCAGAGUGUCCAGUCGCUCAGAGAUGCUGGGCGCCAUACACCAGGAGUCUCGUACAGGCAAGGCAGUAGAGAUAAUGGUCCAGCAUGUAGAGAACCUGAGGAGGAUGUACACUAAGGAACACGCUGAGCUCACUGAGCUGAGGGAGAACAUGCUGCAGAACGAGAGGUCCUUCGGCUCCCACUCUGGAGUAACACACUCCGAUGAUUUCAGAGGCAAGAAACAAUCUGGAUCAACUUACUAUAAGGCAUCAGCCCGACGGGUCAGCAUAGCAGCUAUCCCCCGAUCCGGUGGGGGAGGGGGACCCAUGCAUUUUGACACGGCCAAUAAAGCACAGGACACCACAGAGACGGAGGCGGAGAGACUCACCCGCAGAUCUCCCUGGAAUGUGACGGGGAAGAGCACGGGGCGUCCUCCUCUAAAGUGCUUUGUUAGCUCCGGGGCUUGGGUUGAGACUGACGAGCCCUCCCUCGCGAUGCUGAUGAAGGGGCCUGCCUACGACACAGACUCCCCUUCAGAUGAGGAGAGGAGGGAAGUGCCCGUUCAGAGGAAGUCCAGUCUCACUGAGCUGGGCAACAAAAUCACCGCCCUGAUUAUGCCCAACAAGACUCCCAUCCUGGCAGAGCAGGCCGCAGCAGCCCCAGGUUCAGGCUACUCCUCCCAGCCUGCGUCUGCAGCCAGUGGGUCCCGGGGACUGUGGCUGUGGCUGGCCCUAGUAGUGGUCCUAGCAGGCCUCCUGGCCCUCCUAGCCAGCCUGGUGUUGCAGCCGGCCGUGGACGCAGCGCCCGUGGGGACAGGGGACUCCUGGGUGACCAUCCAGCAGCUCUUGUGGCCCUACACAGGGCUGAGGCACAACGGACAGCCACCGGUUUAGAGGGGCUGUGGCCUCAACAGACAGAGAUGAACGGGCAGGCAUCUGGCUAUGGUCAACCCCUGGAAGGUCUUCUGCAACUUGAACCAUCACGUGUAUUAGACUAGUUAGUGUGUGAAGAAAGAGCACUUGAAGACAGAAUCAGUCGGUGUGUUGGUACUGAAGUUUCUGAACACUGACCACCACAGCAAGGGAGAUUUCCUAUUUGUGCCCGGAGACAUUCUGCCGCACCGUUACGGAAGGGAGAUUGUAAUGUUAUCGGCCGUUGUAAAUGUGGGCACAAUGUUGUCCAAUCAAGUCAAGGAGGACACCAGCGUUGGGCUGUCCAAUCAUGUAAUGGACUUCAGCGCAUGCUAUCCAAUCACGUCACACCUUUUUGAGCGUUUGUUGGUCCAUCAACAUGCUUGCUUAUGGACAGUAGAUUUAUCAGUUUUUGCUUUUUUUUAACACAUUUCAUAGUAAACUUCUGAAUCUAUGGCAUUUGCGGUUGCCUGAAGAGGCCACCAAGUUGUUGUAGGUGAAAUUGUUUUGUUUUUUUAAAUUACAUUUAUGAACCUUGGUAAUACACUGCCAUUUUUUUAUGUUUAAUUUAUUGUUUGACAGCAUUAGACUGUGUGGGGAUAGGAAUAUCUAUUAUAUUGCAUCUUUUUGUUAUAACCAGCAUUUUGUUAAACUCACACAUGGUUUUUACUCUACUUCUUUAAGUGCUCACUUGAAAUUCAUCCACUUUUGUUUGUUCCAAAGAGGGGACUUUACACAAUAAAGGAACAGAAAUAAACAUUG